CUGCGGACGCCAUGAACUCCCCAGAUGGGCCCAGCUUCCCUUCGGGGCUGCUCUCGGGGGGUGCCUCCCCCAGUGGCGACGAGGGCUUCUUCCCCUUCGUGCUGGAGCGGCGGGACUCGUUCCUGGGAGGGGGCCCAGGGCCCGAGGAGCCGGAGGACCUGGCCCUGCAGCUGCAGCAGAAGGAGAAGGACCUACUGCUGGCCGCCGAGCUCGGGAAGAUGCUGCUCCAGCGCAACGAGGAGCUCAGGCAGCAGCUGGAGGCGCUGGGCGCCCAGCACGCGGAGCGCGAGGAAAGGCUCCAGCAGGAGAACCAUGAGCUCCGCCGGGGUCUGGCCGCCCGGGGAGCCGAGUGGGAGGCCAGGGCUGUGGAGCUGGAGGGGGACGUGGAGGCCCUGCGGGCCCAGCUCGGGGAGCAGCGCUCGGAGCAGCAGGACAGCGGGCGCGAGCGGGCACGGGCCCUGGGCGAGCUCAGCGAGCAGAAUCUCCGGCUCAGCCAGCAGCUGGCCCAGGCCUCCCGUGCUGAGCAGGAGCUUCAGCGGGAACUGGACGCACUCCGAGAACAGUGCCAGGCUCAGGUCCUGACUGGGGCAGAGCUGAGGACGCGGCUAGAGAGUCUGCAGGGGGAGAACCUGAUGCUGCAGAGCCGCCGGCUGGACCUGGAGGCCCAGAUCCGUGGCCUGCGGGAGGAGGUGGAGAAGGGCCAGGGCAGACUGCAGACCACCCACGAGGAGCUGCUGCUGCUGCGGAGAGAGAGGCGGGAGCACAGCCUGGAGCUGGAACGCGCUCGCUCUGAGGCCAGGGAGGCGUUGAGCGCGCUGCGGAGGCUGCAGCGGCGCGUAGCGGAGCUGGAGGAGGAGUCGCGCCUCCAGGACGCCGACGUGUCGGGGGCCUCACUGCAGUCGGAGCUCGCUCACAGCCUCGAUGGCGACCAGGACCAGGGUUCAGAGGCACACCGAGACGCCCCGGUGAGCUCCAGGCUUACCAGCCCCAUUAGGGCCUUCUGGGAGGGUCCCAGGCUCUGCUACCUGGCCUAUUGCUACAAGAUCCCACAGCACACCGACCGAUUCCUUGGCACACAGAGCGACUCUUCUGGACCACAAACCACUCCGGCCGGGGAGACCGAAGAGGCGUCUGGCCUCCAGCCUUCACCCCAAGAAGAGAGCUUGGAGCCCCCCAAAAAGCGAGCAUCCCCCAGUCCGGCGGAGAUUCUGGAGGAGAAGGAGGCGGAAGUGGCCAGUCUGCAGGAUGAGAUCACACUGCAGCAUGCAGAGCUGAGGGCCCUGCGAGAGGAGCUGCGAAGGCAGAAAGAGCUGCGGGCACAGGACGACCUCGACGAGGCCCUGAGUGGCGCACUCUCGGACCGGGACGAGGCCGUGAACAAGGCCUUGGAGCUGUCCCUGGAGCUAAGCCGCGUCUCGCUGGAGCGGGACUCCCUGUCCCGGGAGCUGCUGCGCACCAUCUGCCAGAAGGUGGCGCUGACGCAGGAGCUGGAGGCCUGGCAGGACGACAUGCAGGUGGUGAUCGGGCAGCAGCUGCGCUCACAGCGUCAGAAAGAGCUGAGUGCAGCCGCGUCGACCCCACGCCGCGCUGCGCCCCGCUUCUCGCUGCGCCUGGGUCCUGGGCCCGCCGGCGGCUUCCUAAGCAACUUCUUCCGAAGGACCUGAGUGCCGGCCGAGAGGGCUCUUUCCUCUUCUGGCCAAUGAGGCCACAGCGCCGGGACUAUCUUCCAAGCAGGGCCAGGGCGGGUGCCCUCCCCAGCCCAGGAGGCUGCACAGGGGCUCAUGGGGUCCGGGACAGCUUUGGGGACGGGCCCCAGGUAGGUGGCGGGGCAGGGCUAUCUAUUUUUCAAAUCUAUAUAGGUCUACCUGUUCUGGGCCCCUUUUCCUGGCAUGCCCCAGGGCAGGGGUGGGUAUUUAUGUAUCGAGAUCAGAGUAAUAUAUAAAUCG